AUGCGGCUGUGGGAGCGGGCGGGACUGGGGUCCCGGCGGCGCUGGACGCUGCUCCUGGCCCCGCUGGCCCUGCUCGCCGCCGCCCUGGCCCUGCGAGAGGCCGGCCGGCCCUGCCCCGCCGAGCGGCCCCGCUGCCGCCAGCGCCCGCACCGCGCCCUGGAGCUGCCCCCCGGCCGCGGCAUCAACUGCUCGGGCGUCGUCCGCGGAGACCGCAGGGCCAUCGAGGAGGCGCAGCUCCGCAGCCUGGAGGUGGCGAACAGGAGGGCUCCGCUGACGCCCGGCCACUACCUGAACAUGACGAGGGACUGCGGCGCCUUCAGGGAGACCCGGCGCUUCAUCGAGUUCCCGCUGAGCCAGGAGGAGGAGGAGUUCCCCAUCGCCUACUCCAUGGUCAUCCACAACAAAAUCGAGAUGUUCGAGCGGCUCCUGCGCUCCCUCUACGCCCCCCAGAACGUCUACUGCGUGCACGUGGACAGCAAGUCCCCGGCCGCCUUCCAGGAGGCCGUGCGGGCCAUCGCAGGCUGCUUCCCCAACGUCUUCGUGGCCAGCCGCCUGGAAAACGUGGUGUACGCCUCCUGGUCCCGGCUGCAGGCCGACCUCAACUGCAUGCGGGACCUGCUGCGGAGCCCCGUGCCCUGGCGGUACCUGCUCAACACCUGCGGCACCGACUUCCCCAUCAAGACCAACGCCGAGAUCGUGCGCGCCCUGAAGGUGCUGCAGGGCCGGAACAGCCUGGAGUCGGAGAAGCCCUCGGCGGCCAAGCGGGCGCGCUGGCAGUUCCACCACGAGGUGGGCAAGGCCAUCUCCCGGACCAACAUAGAGAAGCUGCCGCCGCCCCUCAACUCCCCCAUGUUCACGGGCAACGCGUACAUCGUGGUCACGCGGGGCUUCGUGCAGCACAUCUUCGAGGACCCCACGGCACAGAAGUUCCUCGAGUGGGCCAAGGACACCUACAGCCCCGACGAGCACGUGUGGGCCACCCUGACCCGCAUGCCGGGCGUGCCGGGGGCUGUGCCCCACAACGACAAGUUCCAGCUGUCGGACAUGAACGCCCUUCCCCGCCUGGUCAAGUGGGAGUACCUGGAGGGCGACCCCAGCAAGGGCGCGCCGUACCCGCCCUGCACCGGCCGCCACCAGCGCUCCGUCUGCAUCUACGGGGCGGGCGACGUGUCCUGGAUGCUGCAGCAGCACCAUCUCUUGGCCAACAAGUUCGACCCCGAGGUGGACGAUGCGGCCAUCCUGUGCCUCGAGGAGCACCUGCGCCACAGGGCCCUCUACGGCCGCGGGCUCUGAGGGGACCCGCCGGCACC